CCGCAGGCUAGCGAGCGAGAUCGCCGUCGUCGUUGUCACCGCCGUCGUCGUAUUCGCGGAGCAAUUCGCCAGCAUCGGGUGACGGGCGGAGCAGCACGCCGUGGAGCGCGCGCGAACGCUCGUGGACGAUGUCGUGACGCGGUGACCAGCGGUGACAGCGACUCGCGCUUCUCGUGUCUUCUACCGUGUCUUCGUCGAGACGAGUGAGAAAGAGAAAGGGCAAGAGCGAGAAAAAGAGGGAGGGAGACAUCGCCGCUGUUGUCUUUCCCCUUGUUGCGUCUCGCGAUCCGAUUUCUCAUUGUCGUCUCGUUGUCGGAUAAUCCCGAAGGAAGGAAGAAAAGAAGGAAGGGCCCCGAGCAUCGCGAUCGCGAGAUUGAUCGUGCGCGUACGUGUGCGUGAGCGAGCGAGCUUAACCUACCUACCUACCUGUCCGUCUCCGUUCCCGCGAAUGCGAGUUGUGCGCUACGAAAACUGCGCGCUCGCUGGUGCAUGAAUAGUACAUGAGUCGACUGGACGGUGCCGAUUACGAUCUGUGGGAUCUCUCAUGGAGGAUAGUCGAGUGUGACGGUAGCUGGCGACGUGCGGAGCUCCACAAGGUGGCACGGGAUAACAUCAAGGUUACCAAUUUAACUGCCUAGAGGUAGUCGCGCGCUUCCUCGACCGUCCGAAAAGUAGGAUGAAGCUUUAAUUUCCGAAAUUUCCGGAAUCGUUUUCUACGACCGUCGAGGAGGCCACCUCGACGGGAGAACCUCUUGCUUCUCGUUUCUCCAGGUUAGGUUUCCUUCAGAUUCUUCCAUCAAUGCCCAUAUUGGCACAUCUUUAGCGGUUUUGUUUCAUCACAAUCAGACAUAAUGUUGAUCACAUAACGUAUACUGGGUUAUAAAUCAUACUUGGACAUAAAUCUUCGAAUAGACUAUGCGUUGAGAGGCAUAGAAAAUUCAACUAGGAUAUUUAGGAUAUUUAAUGUCUAGUGUACAAUUUGGUGUCAUCUUUCAACGGAAUAUUUUCUUCUGUAUCAACAAGUAUUGCAUCUCUCGCGGCAAAGAGACUAAACCUCCAUUGAUUAACUCCUCCAUCCAUUGAAAAGAUGACCAGCAGACUUGAGGAGACAGAACAGAAAUGGACUUGCGAAUACUGCACUUAUGAGAAUUGGCCUUCUUCCUUAAAAUGUACCAUGUGCAGGGGCGCCAAGCCUCUUUUGGGCGAGGAUAUUUACCGGCUUCGGGAUCCUAGUCCUCAAAGAGGUUCUUCUAACGUCGCUUCUGGUCCCGUGUCCCAGAUAAGCCCUACGGACAAUUUCACCUCGCAAAAUUACAGCCAGAAUUUGCCUUCGGCGGGAAAGUGGGCUUGCAGCAUGUGCACUUAUCUUAAUUAUCAGAAUACAACGCGAUGCGUACAGUGCAGCAAUCGAAAGCCGGUCAAUCAGUCUGUUAAUUCGUUAGCAUCGAAUCUACAUGAACAUUUAGCACCGUUGCGUUUGGCCGAUGGACCACCAAACUCGGGAUCGAAUUCCCAACUAAAUCCCUCGCCGAUUAAUCUUCAUCCGGAAAGAUUGUACAAUAUGCACCCAGAGAAAUGGUCCUGUCAUGUAUGUACUUAUGAGAACUGGCCCAAGGCGACUAAGUGCGUCAUGUGCGGUCAUCUAAAGGAGAAGGAUAGAAGGGAUAAAGGUACACUGGGAAAUGUGGGGGUGAUUUUACCGAGUCCCGAGAGGGAACAUAGUCAACGGGGUUUACCGUCACCUCCACAUGCACCCUACAUUCAUCAGACGCAAAGAGAGGAUAAUUUAGCGAUAGGAAGGAGAGGUCCACAUAGAUAUACAGAGAGCCGAAAUGAUAGUUUGUCAACUCCUCAGUCUCCGAAUAACUGUGAUUACGAGCGCCGAUUAAAGCAAUUAAGACGCCAUACCGAUUGGUGUUGGUUGAACGCUUGUCUCGGUAUUGUCGAGGGUGACAAUACCCCUGUUGAAGCUUAUCUGGCAAGUGGCGGUGAUCCUGCGCGCCAAUUGACGCAUUCUGAGGUUUUGCUCCUCAAUAGAAGCAGCGCGUUUGACGUUGGGCACACCUUGGUGCACUUGGCUAUUAGGUUUCAAAGGGAAGAUAUUUUAGCAACAUUGCUGUCGCAAAUUGAAGGCUCGGGCUCGGGAGUGAAAAGGGUACCGAGUUACGUCGCACCUGAUCUCGCGGUACAGAUUCGCCGACAUGUCACCAAUAGUAUACGCUUACGCAAGGGCUCGUUCCCCUGUUAUUUCGUUACCGACAUGGCCACUUUCGCGUUGCCAGCCGAGGUUGAAGAUCUGCCGAGUAUUGUACAAGAGCAGAUGUUAGAGGAAUUGUUAGAUAAGGAAGCUCAACAGCAAUUGGAAGGCGGUGGUGGCGAACCGCCAGCUCUAAAUUGGUCUUUAGAAAUUACUGAACGAUUAGGUAGUCGUUUACAUGCGCUAUGGAACCGAUCGGCUGGAGAUUGUCUUUUAGAUUCUGCUAUGCAGGCUACUUGGGGUGUUUUCGAUAGAGACAACGCAUUAAGGAGAGCGCUUGCUGAUACGCUUCAACAAGCUGGACAAUUCUUUUAUCCUCGUUGGAGAGAAUAUGAAGCUUCGCAAGCAUCUAGAAUGUUAGAUUUUACUUUAGAAGAAACACAAUGGCAAGAAGACUGGGAAAGCUUACUAGCAACGGCCGCUCAACCCGGAAGCGCGUUAGAACAAUUGCAUGUGUUUGCCCUCGCCCAUAUUUUAAGACGUCCUAUUAUAGUCUACGGAGUUAAAUAUGUUAAAAGUUUCCGUGGUGAAGACAUAGGUUAUGCGAGAUUUGAGGGCGUUUAUCUACCAUUGUUAUGGGAACCUUCAUUUUGCAUCCGUUCACCAAUCGCAUUGGGUUAUACCCGUGGUCAUUUUACGGCGUUGGUUCCAAUUGAGCCCUACGCCUCGUCCAGAAUACCACCCCUUGCAACCCACGGGGUAGUGAGUGGGAACAACAGUCCCCUCGAGCAGCUACAGAUCCAGAUGCAGACCACCUUUAUGCCACUAAUGGAUCGCGAGCAUAAGCUCUUGCCAAUACACUUUCUUACGACGGAUGAGAUUGGUCGCGAGGAAUCUAUCUACAAAGAAUGGUUAGAUGUAUGUAGAACUGAAGGCGGAAUUCUUGUAGCGCAGCAGAAACUUCACAAGAGACCGCUACUGGUUGCACAAAUGUUGGAAGAGUGGUUGAAUCAUUAUCGUAGAUUAGCUCAAACUAACGAGGCACCUUUCUCGAGACCACCUACAUUACAGGAUUAUAGUAGCGACGGUGAUACUGAAGAUGAAUAGUGCAGUAAUUUUAAGAGAGAAGUGUUGCGACUGACAUGAGAAGCAUCUCCAUUUCUCACAAGUUUAUUCUCGACCGAAAAUUAUAAAAUGGUUAGUAUUAUAAAACGAAAACUAUGCAGUACUUUCAUGAAUAAUUCGAUACAGAGAAACUUAUACUACGUCCAUACACUGGCAAUGUACCAU